AUGGCGGCAAGUCAGGGAGGUGGUGGUAACAGUGGGGGCGGCGGUUAUGGUGGAGGUGGAAGUGGCGGUGGCGGUGGCGUGGCCGGAGGAGGUGGUGGAGCUGGAGCGGGAAGCGGCGGUGGCGGGACCCUGGUGCUGCCCAUCCCGGUACCGAUUCUUUUCGGUCAGCCUUUCCCCAACGGGCCGCAGUGGAACCCGGGGAGCUUGCAGCCUCAACACACCGCGAGGAGCCUGGACCGGGCCCUGGAAGAGGCGGGCAACUCCGGCAUCCUGAGCCUCAGUGGUAGGAAACUCCGAGACUUCCCGGGCAAUGGCUACGACCUGACGGACACUACCCAAGCAGAUCUUUCAAGAAAUCGUUUUGCAGAAAUUCCUUCUGAUGUCUGGUUAUUUGCACCUCUUGAAACAUUAAAUUUGUAUCAUAAUUGCAUUAAGACCAUUCCUGAAGCCAUUAAAAACCUGCAGAUGUUAACAUACCUUAACAUUAGUCGAAAUCUUUUAUCAGCAUUGCCAAAAUACUUAUUUGAUCUUCCUCUUAAAGUUUUGGUCAUCAGUAAUAAUAAACUGGUAUCCAUUCCAGAAGAAAUUGGGAAGUUAAAAGAUUUAAUGGAAUUGGAUAUUAGCUGCAAUGAGAUUCAGGUUCUUCCUCAACAAAUGGGAAAAUUACAUUCACUUAGAGAGCUCAAUAUAAGAAGAAAUAAUCUUCAUGCAUUGCCAGAUGAAUUAGGAGAUCUUCCCUUAGUCAAGUUGGAUUUCUCUUGUAAUAAAGUGACCGAAAUUCCAGUUUGUUACAGGAAGCUGCAUCAUUUACAAGUAAUAAUUUUGGAUAAUAAUCCAUUGCAAGUACCACCAGCGCAGAUAUGUUUAAAAGGUAAAGUACACAUAUUUAAGUACUUAAAUAUCCAGGCAUGUUGCAGAAUGGAUAAGAAACCAGAUUCUCUCGAUCUUCCAUCAUUAAGUAAAAGAAUGCCCUCCCAGCCUCUCACAGACAGCAUGGAAGAUUUUUAUCCAAAUAAAAAUCCUGGCCCUGACUCUGGAAUUGGAAGUGAUAAUGGAGAGAAAAGAUUAUCUGCAACAGAACCAUCAGAUGAUGACACAAUCAGCCUUCACUCUCAAGUCUCCGAAUCAAAUAAAGAGCAGACGUCAAGAAAUGACAGCCAUUCAAUUGGAAAUAAACCUGAUUCUCAGAAAGACCAGGAGGUGUAUGAUUUUAUUGACCCCAACACAGAAGAUGUAGCAGUUCCCGAGCAAGGAGAUGCACAUAUUGGAUCCUUUGUCUCUUUCCUUCAGGGAAAAGAAAAAGGUCCUGAAAAAUCUCAGAAAAAUGAAGAAUUAGGAGAUGAAAAUAGAGUUGGGAAAGAACAGUUACUUGCAGAAGAAGAGGAUGAUGAUUUGAAGGAAGUAACUGAUUUAAAGAAAGUAGCCACUCAGUUAUUGCAGCAAGAGCAAAAGAACAGGAUUCAUUCAAUAUCUGUUACAAGAAACAAGCCAAAAGAAAAUGUGGAUUGUAAAAAGAGUGUCUCAACAGAUGACGUUAACUCACCAUUAUCACCACUCACAUGGAAGCCCUUAGAAAAUCAGAAAGAUCAAACAGAUGAACAACAGUGGCCAGAAUCUCAACCUAUAAUCUGGCAGAGUGAAGAAAGAAGGCGGAGCAAACAGAUUAGAAAAGAAUAUUUCAAGUAUAAAUCAUCAAGGAAGAGUUCAAGUGGCAAUGAAAAUGAUGAGCAAGACAGUGAUAAUGCUAAUAAGUCACCACAAUCUCCAAUAUCAUCUGAGGAAUAUGAUAGAACUGAUGGUUUUUCACAUGGUCCUUUUGGCUUGAAGCCAAGAUCAGCUUUUAGCCACCCAUCUCGCAAGGAAUAUGGGGCAGCAGAUCCUGGAUUUACAAUGAGAAGAAAGAUGGAACAUUUACGGGAAGAACGAGAACAAAUACGACAGCUUCGCAAUAAUCUCGAAUCCAAGUUGAAAGUAAUUUUGCCUGAUGAUAUUGGAGCUGCGCUGAUGGAUGGCGUUGUUCUUUGCCAUUUAGCCAAUCAUAUAAGGCCCCGCUCAGUAGCUAGUAUUCAUGUGCCAUCACCAGCAGUGCCUAAACUGAGCAUGGCAAAAUGUCGAAGAAAUGUAGAAAAUUUUCUUGAUGCCUGUAAAAAGUUAGGAGUCUCACAGGAAAGACUCUGUUUGCCUCAUCAUAUUUUGGAAGAAAGAGGUCUUGUCAAAGUUGGUGUCACAGUUCAGGCUCUUCUUGAAUUACCUACAACCAAGGCAUCUCAGCUUUCUAUGGCUUAA